CCUGUCGGUGUCCUGCUCACGCUGUGCCUGGGGGGAGCCCUCGCCCCGGCUAAUUUGAAGUUCAACCCUCGGCUCUGUCGCGGGCCCCUCGCGCCCUCGGCGUGUCCCCCCGCCACGCGGGGAGCAGACGCGCGGCGCCGGGACCUCGCUAUGGCUGGAGCGCUCGGGCUGCUCUGCCUGUGGCUAGGCUGCGUCUGCGUGAGCCUGGCCGGGGGAGAGAGGCUGCAGCAGAACUUUCCGGAGCUCCACGGGGCCGUGCCUGGAGCCCGCACGGCAGGUGGCGGCCCCGGCCCCGUUCUGCAGCCACACGACAAGGUGUCGGAGCACAUGCUGCGGCUCUAUGACAGGUACAGCGGCGGUGACAAGGCCGAGGCAGAGCGGACGCAGGGGUCCUCUGAGCGCGGCUCUCAGCCCCUGCGCCCCUCGCCCCUGCGCGAAGGCAACACGGUUCGCAGCUUUAGAGCCGGAGCAGCAGGAACUCUUGGAAGCAAGGGACUACACAUUUUUAACCUGACUUCUCUAACCAAGUCUGAAAACAUUUUAUCUGCCACACUGUAUUUCUAUAUCGGAGAGCUAAUAAACAUCAGCUUAAUUUGUCCAGUGUCCCGAGGAUGCUUACAUCAUGCUCAGAGGAAACAUGUUCUGAUUGAUCUAUCUGCAUGGAUCCUCCAAUCUGACAGAAACCAAAGUCAACACCUCGGUCGUCUUUCAGUAGAUGUGGCCAAAUCUCAUCGAGACCUUGGGUCCUGGCUGUCUAAAGACAUCACUCAACUCUUGAGAAAGGCCAAGGAAAAUGAAGAGUUCCUCAUAGGAUUUAACAUUACCUCCAAAGGACACCAGCUGCCAAAGAAGCUGUUACCCUUCCCCGAGCCUUAUAUCUUGGUGUAUGCCAAUGAUGCUGCCAUUUCUGAGCCGGAGAGUGUGGUCUCAAGCUUGCAAAGACACCGGAAUUUCCCCAUUGGAGCUGUGCCUAAACUGGAUAGCCAUAUCAAGGCCGCCCUUUCUACUGAACGGAGAAAGAAGCGCUCUGCUGGGGUCCUGCUGCCCCUGCAGAACAAUGAGCUUCCUGGGGCAGAAUACCAGUACAGGGAGGAUGGGGUAUGGGAAGACAGAAAGCCUUACAAGACCCUUCAGACUCAGGCCCCAGAGAAGACUAAAAACAAAAAGAAACAGAGAAAGGGACCUCACCAGAAGAGCCAGACACUCCAGUUUGAUGAGCAGACCCUGAAGAAGGCCAGAAGGAAGCAAUGGAUUGAACCUCGGAAUUGUGCCAGGCGGUACCUUAAAGUGGACUUUGCGGAUAUUGGCUGGAGUGAAUGGAUUAUCUCCCCCAAGUCCUUUGAUGCCUAUUAUUGCUCCGGAGCAUGCCAGUUCCCCAUGCCAAAGUCUUUGAAGCCAUCAAACCACGCUACCAUCCAGAGUAUAGUGAGAGCUGUGGGGGUCGUUCCUGGAAUUCCUGAGCCUUGCUGUGUGCCAGAAAAGAUGUCCUCACUCAGUAUCUUAUUCUUUGAUGAAAAUAAGAAUGUGGUACUUAAAGUGUAUCCUAACAUGACAGUAGAGUCUUGUGCUUGCAGAUAACCUGGCAAAGAACUCAUCUGGAUGCUUAAUUCAGUCAUUAGUUUAUUUAAUGGACUCCUCCCCCCCUUUUUUUGCACUGCCAAUGCAUUUCAUCCCAAAAGAUUUUUUAUAGUCAAAGAGAAUGAGCAAAUAGACUGACAAUUUCCAUCAAGGAGAACUGGACUGUGUUUGUCUCUGAAUGUAACUAUAUGCAAGAUUUUAGUAAAUAAUGGACAUUUAUUUCUUUUUAAAAAAAUCACAGAGGAAAAAUGAUCACUCCAACUGUUUUUUUAGAGCUACUAGAGGACACACUGAUUUAUUUUUGUAAGGGGCUUUGAAAAUAGGUUGGAAAAAACACCAAUAGCUUAUCACUUAUCUCUACUCCUAGAGAAUAGAAAAUUUUCAUAUUUUGAAGUAGGCUUAUUGCCAUAGAUUCCUGAGCAACUCAGCAAGUGCUAAAUAAUCCUAUCAACUUUUAUGUUUAUCUUAAAAUUUGUUAAGACUCUUGUUUACCUGUGUGUUUCCUCCAUGUGUAACUGUAUGCAUACGUGAGUGGAAAGUGUGUGCUGAGUGUUAAGAGUAUUUGUAUGUGUUCACAUGGCCAGGUGCCCGUGCCCUCUCUAGGAAGGCUUGCUUGACAUGGUUUUAUAAUUCCGUCUACACAGAAUUCUUUGUUUUUCAUUUCAUGUUCUGGCAAGCACCAUUCAGUUAUGAAAACUUUACCAAAAAGGUCAGAGCGAUCCAGGAGCAUAUGCAGAGAGUUACCGCUUGGCCCAGCCAUUUAAUUUGAAAUACAGUUGUUUUCAUUUCAUUGCCUCUUAGAAAAGGGAAACUGCAACCCAAUUUUCAAAAACCCAGAUGUACUUCCUCUUCUUUUUCACAAAUACUUUCAUUUGUUCUUUCAAAUUGAAUUCAAAAAUUAAAUUUUUUAAAUUAAA